AACAGCUGUUUAAUGUCAGAAUGUUUAUUUCCAAUUGUGAAAUUAACGGGACUGCGAUUGUUACUUUUUGAAAAUGCUUGAGGCGCGUUUAGGACAGACUUUGCUUUUGAAGAAGAUUAUUGAUGCACUUAAGGAGAUCAUCGCCCAGGGAACACUAGAUUGCAGCGAUUCCGGGUUGCAGCUUCAAUCGAUGGACAAUUCCCACGUAUCGUUGGUGGCUCUUAAUUUGCAGUCGGAUUGCUUCGAGAAGUUCCGCUGUGAUCGCAACGUCUCCUUGGGAUUGGACCUUAAAUCUCUAGCGAAGGUUCUAAAAUGUGCAAAUAGCGACGAUAGGGUCACAAUAAAAGCCAUUGACAAACCGGACAAAAUUCUACUCAGCUUCGAAUCGGAGGGAAAAGAACGGACGGCGGAAUACGAACUAAAACUGCUCAAUCUGGACGAGGACCACUUGGGAAUACCGGAUACAGAGUAUACCUGCAUCAUCCAAUUGCCUUCAAUGGAGUUUGCCCGUAUUUGUAGGGAUAUGAGCAUGUUUAGUGAAUCCCUAACGAUUGCCUGCUCCAAACAGGGAAUUAAGUUCACGGCCAACGGAGAUUUGGGUUCGGCCAACAUUAAAUUAAGUGAAGGCAGCAAAAUGGAUGUGAGCAUCGAGGUGAAAGAUCCAUUAACUCAAACCUUUGCCGGUCGUUACCUGAACACCUUUACUAGGGCGACUCCACUCGCAGAUCGAGUCAAGAUUUGCCUUUCCCCUGAGGUUCCUUUACUAGUAGAAUACCCAAUUGAAGACUUUGGUUACAUACGAUACUAUUUGGCACCAAAAGUUGAUGACGCUGAUUCCUAACCGACAUAAAGAAAAUGAAAGACAAUUGUUAUUUUUUUAGCUAAUUUUUUUAAACUAACAUGACAUCAAACAUAACUUGACCGAUUGUAAAUGCUCAUUCAUUACCCAUUUUUGUCUGAAAAUAAAUAUGGUUUACCACUCA